UGGUAGCAAGGCAGAGUACGGGGGAGGAGGCGGAAGUGGCCGGGAGCGCGGAGCCAAGAUGGAUUCCAGAGGAGCUGCUUCUCUGUUGAAAGACAGUAUCCCAAUUACUGAUUUUUCAGCUUCUGGAUCAUUUGAAGGUCAUGAUCUUCUGCGCAGAGGCUUUACAAGUGUGAGAAGUGAGUUGUUGCCCAGCCACCCCCUGGAGUUGUCAGAAAAAAAUUUCCAGUUAAAUCAAGACAAAACAAACUUUGCCACACUGAGAAAUAUUCAAGGACUCCAUGCACCUCUAAAGCUGCAGAUGGAACUCAGAGCAGUGAAACAGGCCCAGCGUCUCCCCUUUCUUCACAGCUCAAACAUGGCAGUGGAUACUCUGAGGGGAAAUGAUGAAUGCAUUGGCUUUGAGGAUAUUCUUAAUGAUCCUUCCCAGAGUGAGGUUAUGGGAGAGCCACACAUGAUGAUGGAAUACAAGCUUGGUUUAUUGUAACAAAAUGUACUCCUCAAACAUUUUGUGCAUGUCUUUAUACUGCAGAUCUAAAUACACAAUUACUAAAUUGACACUCAGUGUUAAGCAGUCAUACAGGUAUCAUUUGCCUUCCUUGAUGAAGAGGCACAUUAAAUGUUUAAAGUCUAUAAAUUGUUCUGUGCUUGUUGUCAAUUAUAUAAAUGUCCUGUAACUAAGUAGUUUAAAUAAUGUCUCUUUGUACACUGCUCAGGACAAUAGCUUCUUAACUAUGGAAAUCCUAUCUAUGUAUACACGAAACCCAGAAAUACCCAUGCAUUUUAAAACUGAUUAUUGUAGGUAAAUGCACUUAAUGGAUGUUCUUGCAGAAGAACUUUUUAAGGGGGGAAAAAAAGGUGUUUUCCAUUGAGUAACUCUGUUCGUGAAAAACUUCCAUACACUUUUUUAAAGUAUUGAAUAAAGGUUUGCUAUAAA